AUGUUGCAAUAUGAAAUGUCGGAGGAAGAUGAAAUAAUGUCGGAAGAUGAAAAAAGGAAAUAUGAAAAUAUUAUGGAAAUGGCUGUUUAUUGUUUGAAAUUUUAAGGAUAAAUUUAAUAGGAACUAAAUCAACUAUGUAAAAUCAUUGAAUUCCCAUUGAAUGAGGAUAAUAUUGAAACUAAUAUUGAAGAAAUCAUUUAAAUAACUCUCAAUUGCAUGAAUGAGUUUAUGCAAGCUGUAAAUUGCACAUAAUACUAAUUUGAAGAUGAAAACACGAAUAUAAAAUCAAAAUAAAUAUAUUUUCGUAAUUUCGUAGAUUAUUUUGAAAGAGAUAGUAACUCUUUUAUCACCAUUUUCAGUUAAGCUCUUUACAAAUACCAAAAACUAAAAAAUGAAGAAGGUAUUUCAAAAAAGGACUUUCAGAAUUUACUUAUAUUUUUUAAGAUUAUAAUUCAAUAUAAAUAUGAUUAAAUGAGAUCACAUUAAAAUUUUAACCACAAUUAUAAAGGGCUAACAGAAAAUUUAAAAAACAUUAAAAAUCAAUUUUUUUAAAAUGAUGAAGAAAUUUCAUAAAAGAUUGAUGAAUUGAUUGAUUUAUAAUAAAUAAUAGAAAAUGAAGAUAAAAAACAAGAAAUAAUAAAUAAAUAGAAUAAAAUUAAAAGAAAAAAGCAUAAAUUCAUAAAAUUGGCAAAAUUUGUAAAUGAUAAUUAUAAAGAUGAUGAAUUUUAAUUGAGGCAAGUUUUAAAUGAAUUAGAAGAAAUAUUUUAAAUAAAAUUUGAAAGUUAAGAUGGCAAAGAAAAGAUCAUUAAGUCAAAAUAGAAUUGA